AGUAUAGAACCAUCUAGUCUUUUCAAAUCUCUCAACUUGCACAUUGAAAAUCAAACGUUUCGAAAUGCGAGUCCAUCUUGCGUUCUUGAACAGGAAGAAAGCGGAAACACUGUCGGUUCGUCCACAGCCGGAAGAGGCCCAAAAAUGGUCGGAAUGUUUCGCAACGCUCUUGAGAUCCAAAUAUGGAUCGUCUCUUUAUCGAGCAUUUUUGCUACGUGAAUUCAGCAACGAGAACCUGGAAUUUUGGCUGGCCGUCGAAUAUUACAAGAACAUGAAACCCAAGAAAAUGGCAGCUAGAGCUGCGCAGAUUUACCAGGAUUUUGUGGCCGUUCAUGCACCUAAAGAAGUCAAUCUGGAUGCUGAAACGAGGCUCAUUACAUUAACUAAUGUCCAAUCAAGUCAAUUGGACGCGCACGCAUUCGACCGCGCCCAGAGGCGGAUCCAGCACAUGAUGGAACGCGAUUCUUACUUGCGUUUCCUCCAGUCGGGCCUGUUUCUCGAACUCACGGAAAGCUUCUCAUCAUCCCGAUAAAAAAAUAAAGGCCGCGAAUCUCAACUUUAUUCGAAUUCACGUUUUAGAGUAUUAAAACAAACUCCCACGGAGGGACACUCAAAAACUGAAAUGCGGAGAGGGUCUCUGUAAAUUAUCAACACUCGCACUUUCAUCAUCGUUGAUUCUAAGGAAUUGAACGAUUACUGUCCUAUUGAUAAACUACCAAAUGAUUUUUUAAAAUGUGCUAUUGCUAAUCUCUUGUUUGUUUUGUUGUAGCCAAAUGAACUGUGAUUUUCUUUACGAUAUUUUUAACAAAAUGUGGA